CUUGGGUGGCUCGCAUUGAUGCAAGACCUGCUACUCAAAAAGGCAUAGAUGUACCUAAUGGUGACCUUAGAGGAUGGAUUGAACAUCCUGAAAAGUUGGAAGAAAUAUCUCAAAAGCCAUGA